GUUGUUUUGAGUUCCAUAUGUUCUACAACUGUAGAAAUGUAGCCUUUGCUUUGCCAAUACUUGCCUUUACGUCUGAAUCGGAUCCUCCUUGUUUAUCGAUUAUGCUUCUCAGGUGCGUGAGAGAUUCCACAUCUUCCAGAGCACCUCCAUCAAGUUUGAUUGGGAUGGUGUUCUCUGUGUUGUAUUUGAGGAUCUCGCUUUUUCCUUUGUUUAUGUUGAGGUCUGCUGAUGAAGAGGUUGUUGCUGUACUGUUUACCUUGACCUGCAUUUGUUGAUGCCUAUGGGAUAGAUGGGCCACGUCAUCUGCAAAGUUGAAAUCGUCUAGCUGCAUCCGACCUGUUCAUUUUAUUUUGUGCUUCCCCUCAUAUGUAAAGGUCUUCAUAAUCCAGUCAACCAGAAGAAAGAGGAUGUGGGAGAGUAGACGGUAUUGUCUGAUUCCCGUCCUUACUUGGAAUGGGUCUAUCAGCUGUUCUUCAUGCACGACAUGGCACCAAAGUCCGUCGCAUGAGUUCCAGAUAAUGUUGACGACGUUCUCAGGAACUCCACAGUGUCGAAGAGGUUUCCAUAAUUUUCUCUUAUCCACAGUGUCGAAUGCGAGGGUGUUGUUCACGAAAUUGAGAGGACAAAAAGCAAAUAUCUGGCGUUUUAAUCGGGUUGGUGGAUAUAAGGGAGUUGGAAAACCCUGAU